UCACCGUAUACAUGCAGCAGACGGACAUGCUGAGUAUGGCGUCGGCGAUUAGUCACUUUUUGAAUUGUUUCCUCACCGUAUCGAACAAUGGUUGGGUAGCGACGGGCAGUGCUGCGAACGGGAUUGGCCCGGGCGGAUUGGAUGAGUUUGGUUCGAAAACAUCGAAAAAGCAGGGCGGCGGUAAGCAGAGCAAGCGAGGAAAGAGUGGCAGUGGAGGUAAGGCGGCGUUCCAGACGCCGGCCAACGAUAGUAGCGAGUGGCAGGCGCUUACCUCGAAGGCGCUCUGGGGACAGAUAAAGCAGGAGCUGAAAUCGUACUGGGGCUACGAGCUGACCGUGCCUUCCGUGACGACAAUCGAGUCGAUCGAACCCCUGAUCGGGCAUUUCAAGCUGCAGAAAGUUAGCCUGCUGCGAGCGUUCUGCCUGAAGACGGGCGUCCAGGUGCUACUGCGGGAGUACAACUUUGAGCUUAAGAAUCGCGCCACCUUCUCCGACACGGACAUCGUGAACGUGUUCCCGGUCGUGAAGCACAUUAACCCACGUGCCAGCGAUGCAUACAACUUCUACACGACCGGCCAAACGAAGAUACAGCAGGGCUACUUCCAGGAUGGUUACGGGCUGAUUAGUGAAGCGUUGAACCUGCUGAACAAUGUGUACGGUGCGAUCCAUUCGGAGAAUGCCCAGUGCCUCCGGAUGCUGGCCCGAUUAAGCUACAUCAUGGGCGACCCACAGGAAGCGCUUGGCAUCCAGCAGCGAGCGGUGCUGAUGAGUGAGCGUGUCAAUGGAAUCGAUCAUCCUUAUACCAUCUCGGAAUAUGCACAUCUUGCAUUGUACUGCUUCGCCAAUAGCCAGAUAAGCACGGCGCUUAAGCUUCUUUACCGUGCACGCUAUCUGGCGACGAUUGUGUGUGGAGAGAACCAUCCGGACAUUGCCCUCAUGGAUAGCAACAUUAGCUUGAUCCUACAUGCGGUCGGCGAGUAUGAGUUGUCGUUGCGCUUCCUGGAGCAUGCACUGGCCCUUAAUAUCCGGUACCACGGUGAAAAGUCCCUCAAGGUAGCGGUAAGCUACCAUCUGGUAGCACGAACGUACAGCUGUAUGGGUGAUUUCCGAUCGGCGUUAACCAAUGAAAAGGAAACAUAUGCCAUCUACAAGCAACAGUUUGGCGAUGAGCACGAAAAGACACAGGAAUCGUUCGAGUGUUUGCGUCACCUGACGCAGCAAGCGGUCGUACUGCAGAAGAAGAUGGUGUGCGCGAACGGGAACCUGCGUAACAGUGGACUGCCUCCGAUCCAUAUCCAGCCCCCAUCGAUGGGCUCGGUGCUGGAUAUGCUGAAUGUGAUCAACGGUAUCAUCUUCGUACAAAUUAGCCCCAAAGAGAUAGCCAAUUUCAAGAGUGAGAUUGAGAAGCGCCAAAAGGAUGCUGCGACCGCAUCGGCAACGUCUACGACGACGACGACGGCGACACCCGGCCCGGCAGCAAUUCAAGCCAAUCAGGAGGAAGUGGAUCGUAUGCUGACGGAAACGAUGCAAAAGACGGCCGCUGGCAUCCCAUUCGAGGAACAGUCCGACGACGGUGCUAAAGCGUCCACCGUGACGGUGGACGAGUCCGCCAAGAAGGUGGAGCAAGUAUCGGCAUCGAGCUGAAGACAUCUACCAUUAGCGCUUGCCGUUUGCCUUGGUUCAACGUAGUACGUCCAUGGUGGGGCACUUGAACGCGUUCUUUUAAACCCAUUUUCAUCUGUCGGCCGUAGAGCUUUCGAGGGAGGGUAGGGGAGGAAGCGGAUGAUACAAAUGCGGUCUCCGCAAAGCUUGUAGACGUAGAACGUUUCUCAGUUCACACGAAGUCGGAAUAUUGGUCCUGCAACCAUCUUUACACACAGUAAUCGAAUCGAAUCCCGCCACCAGAACGCAGACCAGGCCAGAGUUCUCAGAGGAACGCCUCUGGUUUGGGGAGAGGUACUAGCAGAGAACGCAAACGCAAGGUGAAUCGAACGCGUUCGCUUUAGGAUAAGAAACAUAUAAUCUAGGGAGGGUAAGGAUAACCGGAAGAGGAUUUUCGGUGCUUUUUUAGGGUGCAAUUUGUUACUGUUCUACUCAAAGCAACCGGUACGCCAUUCGAACCAAACAACAUAAUGUUCCUUCUCGUUGAAGUUGUAAAGGAAGGGAAACGAUAGCGCUAAGCGUGUUGCUGAAUGGAGAAAAGAUCCUACUUUCCUCAACUAAACCGAAACGAUGGGAAACAAGAGCGCGCGCGCACUCAAGGCAACAGUCAACCGAACAUAAAGGCAAUGUAAGCUCUAGUUCCCUCGCAAGUACAUCACAAUAGAAGAAGGACAAAUGGAGAAGAUCAGGCCCGCCCCCCGCGGCUUGUCAAUAGUACUCAUCACAGAAGGAGACCACAAACACGCACAUAUUGGAAUCGCACGAUCACCUUAGCUAGAUUUUUACAGUUGAGGAUGCAAUAACGCGAAAGAAACGUGAGGCGCGCCGGGUGGUAGAUAGCGUUAUCAUCAGCCUCUCCCCAAACACACACGUGCGCUGGUGUCGGCGAACCCAAGAGACAGUCCCUUGUGGUUUCAUGAACGUUUUUUUUCUCUCUCGAUUGAAUCCUUAUUUCACUUACGUUGCCUUGGCCUAUCGCACGAGUUGUUUGAGUUGUAGAAGAGUGUGUAGCGCGUAGAGCAGAGAUAGAAUAGCCUUGACACUGCCACCACUGUUACUGAGUUGCAAGUAGGUGGGGAAGCAAGUGUGAUUGUAAACGUUUGUGAGUGUGCUGUGUGUGCGCGUAUGUGUGUAGCAAGGAAUUCACCAAAUCGGUGGAGCAAAAGAAGCUGUUGUGCAGCGGUAGCACAUCGCACGCGCGAGAGAGAGAGAGGGUUAAUUUGCCAAAUUUCAAAGUGUUUUUGAUGAGCAUGAAAAGGCGACGAACCGCGACAGCAGUAGGCAAGCAACCACAAGAGCACAACAGCAAUAGCAACUUAGAGUAUGAGUCGAAAUAGUUUUGUUUUUUUUUUCUCUUAUUUGUAGACAUCAUCGCAAUCAGUAGUAGAGCGCGCAGAAAGUGAGUAGUUAAGAUGUGGAGCACAAAGCAGAUCGAGAUGAAAUGAGUGCUGAAUUCAGAAGUGAGGUGAGACCGAGAAACCAUCAAACAUGAAAACAAUAAUAAACUUAUCAAAACCGUAGAGUUCCACAAA